AGGGACUCGUAAUGAAUUUAAGAACUACAACAACGAAACAUUAAUGGAACAUUUCCCUAUUUAGCACACUGAUGGAGCGUUUACAAAAAUAAAGCGAAUUACUUCCCCACAAAUGUUGGCAAUGCUGUUUAUUCCACCCGGAAACCGGAAACUUCGUUUUUUUCGCCUUCGUUUGCCCUUUUCACUCAUCCGUCAAUUCAAGUUCAUCGGAAAACUUAUUUGCGUUUUUUUCAAAAAAUUUGGCCCAGUUUUCACACAUUCAGAACGCAGUUCAGGUCAAACUUUGGUCAGUGGGAUAAUGAAACUGUCGCUAGCCACCUAUUUAUCUCUACGAAUUACCACUAUAGCCCAGGCUUUGAGAUUGGCAAGUGUAUUUUGAAUAAAAUGGAAAUGGAUUCAUUAGACGAUGAUUUACUCAAUGCGUUUGCGACUCAAUGGGAACCAACUGCGCUAGAAUCUGGCUCUCAAAACGUUGUAAAGUCUCAAGCGACCGAUAAAAGCGAUGUUCCCGAUUCAAAGUCACUGGAAGUUUUAAUGACAAAAUUCGGGCAUCGACAGUUCCGGCCUUACCAAUGGCAAAUCAUUAGUUCCAUCUUGAAGCACAAAAGAGAUAACUGUGCCAUUAUGACAACAGGAUAUGGCAAGUCUCUAUGCUACCAAUUUCCUGCAGUGUUUUCGGGAGGAGUUACUUUGGUGAUUUCUCCCCUAAUAUCUCUAAUGGAGGACCAAGUGCUGUCUUUGACCAUUGCCAAUAUUCCCGCCUGUUUGCUGGGCACAGCGCAGAAAAACACCGCACAAACGAUUGCAGAUAUUCUGAAAAACAAGUUUUCAUUGGUGUAUCUCACUCCGGAGUUCUGCACAGGCGAAUUCGGCAUCAGCUUGCUGAAAGACAUGAAUUCCUCAUUGCAAAUAACUCUCAUAGCAGUGGAUGAGGCUCAUUGCGUGAGCAGUUGGGGCCACGAUUUCCGCCACUCAUACAGACAACUAGGCAUGCUCAAAACCCUUUUGCCAGAAGUGCCGGUUUUGGCUGUAACAGCCACUGCGACCGAACGUGUGAAGAAUGAUAUUAUAAAAAGUCUAAAACUGCUAAAUCCUCAGCUAGUUGGCACGGGGUUCGAUAGGCCUAAUCUGUACUACGCGGCGCGGCCAAAAGGUUCCAGCCUUUUCGAUGAUUUGAAGCCGCUAAUGACGCGAAAAAAUGGCAAGUGGGGCUUUGAUGGCUCGACGAUAAUCUACUGCAUUACACGCAAAGACACUGCGAAUCUUAGUGAAGUUUUACAGAACCACCAAGUGUCUUGUCUGCCGUAUCACGCAGGCCUUUCACUAGCGGUUCGCAAAGAAACCCAUGAACAAUUCGUCAAAGACAAAAUUCCCGUCAUUAUUGCCACAAUUGCCUUUGGAAUGGGAAUCGAUAAACCGGACAUUCGAAAUGUUAUUCAUUACGGUUCUUCCGGCUCGAUUGAGAGCUACUAUCAAGAAGUGGGGCGCGCUGGCAGGGAUGGACUGCCGUCCAAAUGCGUGGCGUUUUUCAGCUCGCAGGAUUUUGCUACUCAUGGAUUUCUGAUUGAAAAGGGCCAAAACUCAAACCGCCGUGCCGAAUUACUAAGCACAAUGAAGCAAUACUUGAAUAGCCGUAAGUGUAGACGAGCCUUUCUUGUGUCAUACUUUGAGGGCAAAGCCGACUUGUCCAUGCCCGAGAGAAGCGACUGUUGCGACAACUGUUUGGCCAAAACUGCUCCAAGUGACCAAUCGAUUUAUGAGGGCGUUGAUGAGAGAGAUUUCUACGACUUUACAGAGGAUGCCGUCAAGUAUCUAUCGGCAAUAUCUGCGUUGGGAGGAAAGUACGGUCAUGGAAUGUACAUUAUGUUUGUGCGAGGCUCGAAAAGCUCCAAGAUUCCAGACCGGCUUAGAAGUCAUCCGAGUUUUGGCACCGGGAAGAACAAAUCGGACGACUGGUGGAAGGCUAUAGCAAACUUUUUGGAUCUAAAACACUAUCUUAAGCAAGCCAAGAGCAAAACCGCCAGCUCGUUUUCAUUUUCAGUGUUCGAUGUUAGUGAUGAGGGCUUGAAGUUCCUCAACACGCCGCCUGACUCGAGAAAACUGUUAGAACAGCCCACUCUGGGCAUUUUACACUUGCUGAAGAAGCGCCAGACAACCAGCGGCUGGAUUUCUUCGGGAAAAGCCCCAUCUGUGUCCGGCACGGUAGAUGUGGUCGAUUUUGCAAAAACCGAAGAAACGCACCAGGAAGUCGAUGAGCGGCUGCAACUGUUGAGACUGUUGAAGAACGCCAGAAGCCAGCUGGCAAGAAGCAAUGACUGCAUGCCGUACAUGGUGGCCUCCGAUUUCAUCCUGAUGGAAAUGGCCAGGCACAAGCCCAGACAUCUGGAUCAACUUCGGGGCAUGAAAAUCGAGGGCUUAACUGAGGCCAGAAUCGAAAAGUUUGGCCACCAGCUCCUGGAAGUGAUCAAAAAUAAUACUGCGGAUGUAUGCAAAAGUUCCAAUCGAACGCUUUUGGAUAUCCUCAAAGUCCACCCUAUUCCAGGAGCAAAAGUUGUUAGUUCUUCCUCUAUCUCGUAUGAGUACUUUACCAGUUGCAAGUCAGUGGAUCAAGUGGCAGCCAAAAGAAACUUAGCCCUUUCUACUGUUUUUGGCCAUUUGGUUUCCCUGUUAAAGUGUGGAUAUCCAAUUAAACUUGAGGACUUAGGAGUGAGCUCUGCGACAAAGCAAACGAUCCUUGAAGCCAUCAGAAAACUGGGAGGCGUGGUUGCAGAGCUGACCCCCAUAAAAGCCCAAUGCCCGGACGAUGUAACGUAUGAUCAAAUCAAGUGCGUUUGCGCAUAUUUGCAUGUUAGGAAGCACUUGAAAGACUUGGGAGUGCAGUUUGAGGACUUCGAUGAGCCUUUGGAAGAACUCCCGCUUGAAGAAAGUUGCGACUCAGAGGCUGGCUUUGACGACCACGAGGACAGUUUAUUGUCUGCACUGGUCGACCAAAUGGAACAGCAAAUCACGGAGGAUAAGAAGCAAAGUUUGCCAAAUUUGCGUGAAAUCAACCAAUCCGCAAGUAAAGCACCGGAAGAAGCUCCGCCAUUGAAAAAGAGCAAACUGGAUGACGAACCAAGGGUGGAAACGUUGGGUCCUACGAAUGAGGUUUCAAUGGCCAGUGAGGUUAAAAGCAGCCAGUCCGGCAAAAAGAAGCUUCCUGCGUGGUUGAUGAAUAAGAGAGUUUAAUUGGUUAACCCACGAAUAUAAAAGUUGUUCAGUUUUCGAUGUUGGAAUGCUGUAGUGCGUUCAAUUAGUGUUUCUCGUUAAUGUUGAUUUGUUUUCUAUUUUUAUACUUUUGUAUUUUCAAGUAAACAGUUUGGAUUUUUA